AUGAGGUUUGUCCAAUAUAUUCCGACUGGAAUUCCAAACGAAGAUGGUGAGUUCCCGGGAAGGAACUAUACAGUUGGAAAAGUCAUACAACAACUGUAUGAUAUUAGGAAAGCUUCAAACCCCAAACUUGCAAUGACACUCAAAUUGCUUAUGAAUUCGACAUGGGGAUAUUCCAUUAAGAAACCUCAAGAGAUGAAGAGUAAACAUUAUGAGAAGGUCGACAACUUUGUUGAAAGGUUUUCUCCUUUUGUUUUGAAGUACGAAUUCACUCAAGGUCAAAGUGGCUUAGUAACCACAUUAAAACCUAUUGUCGAACAUUGGUCUUACCCUCAGUUCGCAAAAGCAGUCCUUGACAACUACAACAAAUUCUUCUCCGAAGUCAAAUCGAAAGUGAAGGUUUACUAUGAGAACAUUGACGCACUCAUGACGAACGAAGAAGGAUACAACAAACUCAUUGAAAUGGGUUUAGUCGGUGAAAAGAUGGGCUGUUUUAAGCUAGAUAAGGUAUUUUCCGAAGUUCAUGUAAUAUCGAAAAGGAAAUAUUGGGGCAUACUUGAAGACGGCACAGAAAUAAAACAUUGCAUGAAGUAA